CCGCUCUCAUCCGACUGAAUGCUGUCCAGGAAUCUGGUGGAUGCUUCAGCAGUGGUAUGCCACCUUUCGGAAGCUCUGGGGCGAUCGCAUCUUUUCAAUCAUCUGCCUGCUAUUGAUGUUUGGGGUGAUGGUGCAAUUCUUAUCUUUCCUGCCCGAUGGCUUGUCUUAUCUAUUUUUCCGGGAGCACUACACAGCCCAGGCAGGGUUUGUUCAUUGGCCUGCAGAGUUUGAUUGGCAACCCGCUGCCUGUAUUGCCUACAAUCCACGAUCACAUCCGGACGCCAUUCAGUAUGUCAUCGCGGCGGGCUGUACGGGGAUCAAAGCGGACAUCUGGCUCCAGGAUGAGGAGCUCUAUGUCGGAACCUCCAACGCCAGUCUGAGACCACAUCUCACCCUGCGCAAUGUGUACCUUGACCCUCUCUUGCAGCAUCUUGACGCAGAAAAGACUCCAGAGGGCUCUGUACAGUCUACCGCGACGAGCCAUCACGGAACUGCAACGGACGAGCAGUUUGUUCUGUUCUUGGAAUUCCGAUCGCCGAUUCGGGACGGCUGGCCACGUCUUCUCGCUGAGCUGCAAAUCUUGAACGAACGAGGGUAUCUCACCCAUCGCAACGACACAAAGAUUAUUCACAAGGCUGUCACGAUCGUCAUCGUGGGUGACGAGAGCGUCGACCCUGCUCACGAAGAGUACCAGCAAGAUUUCAACCACAACAAUAUUUUUGUCGAUGACCAACUGUUCACGAAAAGACCCAAGUCAUCGCCUAGGCUUCAAGGAAAUAAAGCUCAAUCAUUCAAAAGCAAAGGAAGUCAAUCCCGACCGUCUUGGCAAGAGGGGAAGAAUUUGACCUCGAAAGAGGUAGAGCAGAAUGUGCGAUCGGUUUUCACCACGACCGUGAGCUUCAGUGAGGAGGUCGGAUCUCCUCAUCGAGGACGAUUUUCUCGACAACAACUCGAUUUGAUCCGGGCCCACGUGGAGCAAGCCCACAAACGCGGGCUAAAGGCGCGAUUUGGAGACAUCCCGUGUGGCUCGCAGAGGAUGCAACGUUUGAUUUGGAGAGUCUUGGUCAAGGCCGGCGCAGACCUCAUUGAUGUAGACUGGACAGGCUGUCAUCGUCAAGCAUGGCGGCAGUUCUUUACGACAGAGCUGGCUUAGGAAAGAUAUAAUCACGAUCCUCUCUUGGGCCCUAGUUGAUAGUAAUGACAAGCUCUGUACAUAUUGAUAAUGGAGACGUCUAGUGCAAGGGCUGAUAAGUG